AGCAGCCAGCAACCGGCAGCUUCAGGCAGCUUGUGCUUGUGCGUAAGAUACCGGUGUAUAUUAGUUAAGAUGUCGUACGGUAAAUUGAAUUUUGCAUUUUACAUCACAAGUUAUUGUUUAUAUUUGAGUCUUGUAAGCGUUAGUACACAGGCAUCGUCGAAAAAUACUUACGCGGAACAACUUUCCGAAGAGAACUGGGAUCGUAUGCUGAUCGGAGAAUGGAUGGUGGAAUUUUAUGCGCCGUGGUGUCCUGCUUGUAAAGCACUCGAACCAGUUUGGGAACAUCUUGCUUCGUUAAAGAAAAAUCUAAAUAUCAAUGUUGGAAAAGUUGACGUGACCGAUUCUCCAGGACUAAGUGGAAGAUUUAUGGUUACAGCUUUGCCAACGAUAUAUCAUGUUAAGGAUGGUAUAUUUAGGCAAUAUAAAAGUCCUAGAGAUAAAGACUCUUUGGUUGAAUUUGUAUCUGAAAAGACUUGGGAAAAAAUUGAACCGAUACCUGGUUGGAAAAGCCCAACUUCUAUUAUGAUGUCUGUUAUUAGUCAAUUCUAUAAAAUGUCACAAGUAUUACGGGGUGUACACAAUAAACUUAUGGAAGACUUUGGAGUGCCUACAUGGGGAAGUUACUUAAUCUUUGCAGUUACAACUAUCGUGUUAGGCGCUAUAUUGGGAUUGUUUAUCGUUUGCUUGAUCGAUUUUAUAUAUCCGCCAAAACCUGUAACGCUGCAAGGCGAAAAGAAACAGAAAGAUGGAUCAGGUGGAUUCAUGCAAGAGAAAAGUAUACAGGACGAAGAAAUAGUUGAAAAUGUUAAAGACGAUUUAGUAGACGAAGAAUCUGAAGGGGAAACAUCCGACGUAGAAGAGAAAGAAAAAGAUACGGACAAAGAUUCAAAGCCUGAACCGAGUAGUCCGAAUGUCCGCAAGCGUAAGCCACGUAAAUAUAUAUUGAGUAAGCAAGCAAUCAUGGUUAAAAAUAUAAAGAAACGCGCGAUAAGCGAAAGCGAGGCUGUUGGGAAGGUAGGUGAAUUAAAUACGAAUAAAGCACAAAAAAAAGCGAAGGUAGAAAAUGGAGCUGUGCGAAAUGAUAAAGGUAUUAAAAAAGAUGCAUUGAAGAAAUUGGCGACCGAAAAGAAGAAAGAGCAAGGUAUGGGCGUAGUGCAAAGUUCUGUAAAGAAGCCAGUGGGUGAAGUUAGUACAGACAAAAAUAAGAAAAAAAUGUUAGAUGGCAAAGAGGAAAAACAACAAAAAGUAAAACAGCAAAGAUUACAGUAUCGUGAGAAACGUAAAUUGAAUAGACAACAAAAAACUCAACCUGGAACAAAACCUGAGUUAUCCGUUGCAGAGAUAAAACACAAAAUCGAAGAUAUAGAGAAGCGAGGAAAUCUAACAAAAACUGCUAAGAGAAAAUUAGCAACAUUAAAGAAAGUGUUAGGAAUAAAAGAAGGAACAUACAAGCCAAAGGAACAAGUUGCAAAAAAAAAGGCAGGUAAUAAAUCAGUAGAAGUUGCAAAAAAGAAACAAAUCCAAAAUAAUGAACAAAAGAAAAAGUUACCAGAAAAGCCAGAACUUAAGAUGAAUAAAGUUAAUAAAAAAAAGAACCCUAAACAGGGCAAUUUACUUCUUGUAAAACAAAAUGAUUCAGAUGAAGAUGAAGAUGAUGAUGAUGAUGAUGAUGAUGAUGAUGAUGUUGAGACAGAUAAUGAUGUAGAAGAAGAGGAUGAGGAAGAUGUUGAUAUUGACGCGGAGGAGGAGGAGGAGGAGGAGGAUGAUGAUGAUGACGACGAGGACGAAGAGGAGAACAGUGAAGAUGAUGAAGAUGACGAUGACGACGAAGCAGAGGUUGAUGAUGAAGCUACGACAAAUAAUAUUCAAAGUCCUAGCGCGAAGGAAAAAUCAAAACAGAAUACAGAGCAAGAAGGAAAGAAAAAAAGAUAUGUUCUUUUUGUAGGAAAUCUACCAUACAGCAUUACUAACGAAGAACUUAAAAAGCACUUUUUGACUAAAGUCAGUCAAGUAAUCGAUAUCAGAAUACCUAAAAAAGACGCGAAUACAUCGCGUGGAUUCGCUUAUGUUGAGCUUGCUAAUAAUACAGAUUACGAGAAAGCACUUGCGCUGAAUCAUUCAUUUGUUAACGGACGACGAAUAAAUGUGCAAUAUUCCGGAGGUGCUGGUAACAAAAAAGAAGUUGUCGCGAAGAAUUUUAAAUUACAGGCCCUUCAAAAAGCAGGAAAAUUGGCAGGUGGAUAUAAGAAAAAUAACCAGAAAUUUGGUGGAAAGAAGUGGAAACAACAUAGGCAAACGACGAAAACAUAAUUAUCGAACGAAUAAGAUUUAAAAUGAUUUUUUAAAUGUCGUCUUCGAUGUUUCUCUAUUUGAAAAUUUAGAAUUAAGUUUUUUAUGUAAACGCGAUAAUUAAUUAUAAAAGUUUAUGUUCAGACCAGUAUAGAUAAAACAUGUAUCUAUAAAAAUGCGUAUACUUUAUUCAACGAAACAUUAACCUUAUUUAUUUAAAUAGUUAAAUAUAUGCUUUUGAGAACACAAA